AUGCAAGAAUUUGCAAGAAUGCAGCCUGCUGAGGCUAUUGUAGUACCUGUUGAAAUGGCUAUCACAGAUUCUGAUGGCUCUGAAAGUGAUGAUGCAUCAGUUGUAGAUCACCAGCUACAAGUUAUCUCAAAACUGAUUAGGAAAGGUGAUGAUGUUAUCUUACACUCCCCUUUUGAUGACACAGAAGAUGAAUGGGUAGGCCGUGUCCUCACCAUUUGUGAAGAUUCAAGCAAGAAUCAAUUUGCAAAAGUAAGAUGGUAUUGGUCUCGGCAUGACGUAGCGAAGUGGAUCGGUAGCUUUGAUGCACAGGCCUGUGCACCCUAUGAGAGAAUAUACUCUGAUAUGAUAGACAUCGUAUCCUGCCAAUCCAUAUUGAGGCCAGUAAAUGUAUACAUGUAUGAUGAGGGCCUUUUGGAAGUUUCUGAAAUUGGACCUAUGGAUUUCUUCUGGCGAUCUUCCUUAGAUCACAAGAGAAGAUCAAUUAAGCCGAAGAUCACAGAAGAUUCAUGCCUUUUAUUGUGCACAAAGCCUUACAAUCCCUUUCCUAUAUCAAUAUCACAUGCUGGGCAAUCUCAAGGAACAUCAGCAUUACAUGAUGACCCACCUGAUGUUAUGCAUUUUUGCCCACGGCCAGAUUGUGCACAGUGGUAUCACACCAUGUGCCUUGUAGAUUCUGGCUCCUUUGAUUCACCAUCUGUCAGGUACAGAGGUGAUCGGAGCAUCCGAUUACUGGCUGUUGCCCCAGAUGUGGAUUUUCCAUGUCCUUUGUUAAACUAUUUUUGUGAGGAAUCUUCAGAUGAAGGCCCUUACUCAUUAUCUGAGGCACUGCCCUUAAUGGACAUGCCUUCAGAUAUUUUCACCCACCUUCCUCCAAGUUUGCUAUCCAUUGCUCAGGGUCCAAUCAUUCGACAACCUCACAUGGGCUCUACAGAUGGUGUAUUACCUUUUGGUAAUGUUGUGGAGGUUGUUCUGGCACGUCGCUUCAUUUAUGCGACAUUUGAAGCUGUAUGUGCCCAACCAGGAGGAAGCUGGCUUUCUCAGAUCAAUUCACUCACUCAGCAGGUGGAGGCGAUGGAGCGUGGAGAUCAGGUUGGAGACUUGGAGUGGGUUGAUAACCCGGAUGAUUUGGCAGGAGAAAGGGUUGUUCACAACACUGAUGAUGACAGACAUAUCAAGGCAUUGGAGAAGGUGUGUAAUGAGCUUGCUGAAGUCUCACUACUUGCAUCACCCUAUGCACCUUACUGGGAGAAAAGAGAGCAGGAUUUGACCAUAGAGACUUGGAUGAAUUGUCCCCCCCUGAUUUGUCCCAAGUGCCAUGGAGCUAUCUAG